UUUGGUCAUGGAGAAUAUGGAUAUAAGUGGGUUGUAUUCUACGUAGGUUAUUUGUGUUCUAUGUGUUGCGUUGUUCUAUCGCUGUUCAUCGAUAUUUGUCACUGUGUUUGCGUCAAGAUGUCUCCUAUUCGCGUUGCGCUCGUUGGACUUUCGCAAUCUGCGAAGACGUCUUGGGCCGCUCAAGGUCAUCUCCCUUACCUUUUAUCACCACGAGGAAGUUCUCAAUACGAAAUUGUUGCUCUACACAAUUCAAGUGUCCCGGCGGCGGAAGCAGCUCGGCAAUCCUUUGCCCUUCCCCCGAACGUGAAAGCUUACGGGGAUCCGAAUGACCUGGCUUCAGAUCCGGAUGUCGAUCUAGUAGUCUGCUGCACGCGUGUGGAUACUCAUGCUUCGUCUACAGGGCCAUCUCUACGAGCUGGCAAGGCUGUUUUCGUAGAAUGGCCUUUAGUUGAAGACUACGACAAAGCCGUCGCUCUGACGGGGAAGAAGCGCCUGGACAACACCAUCAUUGGCCUUCAGGGGCGUGUUUCUCCCAUUGUUCUCAAGCUCAAGGAAGUCCUAAAGUCGGGACGUAUUGGCCGAGUACUUAGCAGCGACGUUCGCGCCUACGGUAAUCUUGGUAUGAGAGGCAAGUUCUCAGAGGGUCUAUCCUACUUCGCGGACCAGGAAGUAGGCGGCAACCACAUCACGAUCGCUUACGGGCACACCGUCGACUACGUGCACGAAGUUCUCGGGGAAUUUUCGUCUUUCCAGAGCAGGAUGCAGAUUCAGCGACCGGUUGUCAAGAUCAUUGGCAAGGAUGGCUCCGAAAUAGAGGAGAGGUCUACUAACGUGCCGGACCUCCUGACAGUCCAUGGAAAGCUUGCUAAGGGGAAGGCUGAUAUUGUAGAUGACGCCACCUUGUCCUUGACUUUUAGGAGCGGACAACAAUUCAAGGGAACCCCUGGUUUUGUGUGGACUAUUAACGGCGAGUUGGGCGAGAUCAUGGUGACGGCCAACGGCGCGUACGUGCAUUCCGACUCUUAUAAGGAUCCGAUCGAGAUCAAGUUACACGAUCAUGUUACAGACGAGGUCGUCGAUGUGAAUUGGGACUGGGAGGACUGGCAAAAGGAGCUCCCGUAUGGGUCUCGGAUCGUUGCGGAGUUGUACGAGAGAUUUGCGGGUUGGUGGAGGAACGGGAAGCCGACGGGUGAUCUUCCCGAAGAUCAGGAAUGGCCGCGUCUCCACGACGCUGUUGUAAGGAUGGAGGAGUUAGAUGAGGUGUUCAGGCAGUACGAUGCGCAGAAGUGAGGUUGAAACUAAGAUCAAGUGGCUAGACAUGGGGUUUAUCGAUGAGGUUA